AUGAUCGAGUACGUUGUAUUCGGGACGAUCGGAGUCGGAGUACUCAUUUUGGCAGCUCUUGUUACAAGUUUUCCCCGUGAGCCAGACAAUGUCAGGCACGAAAAGACAUUCUUGAAUGAGAAUAAACCCAUUCCUUCCUACAAAGAUGCAGCCGAGGUAGAUCUCACGGUCGUCAUCCCAGCCUACAAUGAACAAGAACGUCUCCCCUCCAUGCUAGAAGAGUGCGUUGAAUGCCUGGCCACUUCGAAAAAACAAACGUACGAGAUCAUUGUCGUUGAUGACGGCUCCAAAGAUGGCACGAGCAAAGUAGUGGAAAAGUUCUCAAUAGAGAAUAAGAACGUCAAAUGUCUGAAGCUAGUGCGCAAUCGUGGAAAGGGCCAUGCCGUAAAGAUGGGGAUGAUGGCUGCUCGUGGUUCCAAAAUCUUCUUUGCCGAUGCGGACCGGGCCAUGCCUUUUACGGAAUUCCAAAAGAUCAACAAAGUUUUGCAAGAUUGUGUUGACGAGCAUCCAGAACUGAUUGUGGUUGGCUCAAGAGCGCACCUCGAAAAGGAAUCAAUUGCACAAAGAAGCCUAUUCCGUACGAUUCUUAUGAAAGGCUUCCAUCUUCUAGUGCAGAUAUUCUGCGUUAGAACCGUCAAGGACACUCAGUGCGGUUACAAGCUAUUCACACGAUCUGCUGCUCAAAGAAUUCUUCCUCAGCUUCACCUCCAACGAUGGGCAUUCGAUGUAGAACUUCUUUUUAUUGCAGAACGAUUGUCAAUUCCCAUAAAAGAAGUGGCAAUAAAAUGGGACGAAAUCGACGGUUCAAAAAUGACUCCAGUGUUUUCGUGGAUUGAAAUGGGCCGUGACUUGGUCCUCAUUUGGUUGCGUUAUUUUAUAGGCUACUGGAGGAUCCAACACUCUCAGUAG